AUGGCCCCCGGAACGCCGCCUCCCGCGGGAGCCGCCUUUCCUCCCCGCCCCCUGCUGGAGGAACCGGCCCGCCCCGGGGAGCCCGCCCGCCCCCUGCUGGAGGAACCGGCCCGGUCCGGCCCGGAGAGCCCGCCCCCUGCUGGGGGAACCGGCCCGCCCCGGAGGGCCCGCCCCCUGCUGGAGGAACCGCCCCGGGGAGCCCGCCCCCUGCUGGAGGAACCUACCGGCCCGCCCCGCCCCGGGGAGCCCGCCCCCUGCUGGGGGCGGGCUCUCCGGGCCGGGCCGGGAACCGCCCUGCCCGCCCCGCCCCGGGGAGCCCGUCCCCUGUUGGAGGAACAGGCCCGGCCCGGCCCGCCCCGGGAACCCCGCCCUCUGCUGGAGGAACCGGCCCGGGGAGCCCGCCCCCUGCUGGGGGAACCGCCUUGCCCGCUCCGGGGAGCCCGCCCCCUGCUGGAGGAACCGCCCCGGGCAGCCCGCCCCGGGCUGGAGGAAUCGUCCAGGAGAGGCCCCACCCCCACCCCCUGCUGGGGGAACCGACCCGGCCCGGAGACCCCGCCCCGGAGAGCCCGCCCCCUGCUAGAGGAACCGGCCCGGCUCAGCACGGAGAACCCUCCCCCUGCUGGGAGAACCGUCCCGGAGAGCCCGCCCCCUGCUGGAGGAACCGCCCGGCCCGCCUCGGGAAGCCCGCCCCCUGCUGGAGGAACUGGCCCGGUCCGGCCCGGAGAGCCUAGCCUGGCCCGGCCCGGGGAACCCGCCCCCUGCUGGGGGAACCGGUCCGUCCCCUGUUGGGGGAACCGGUCCUCCCUCUGCUGGAGGAACCGGCCCGCAGAGUCCGCCCCCUGCUGGAGGAACCAGCCCGGAGAGUCCGCCCCCUGCUGGAGGAACCAGCCCGGAGAGUCCGCCCCCUGCAGGGGGAACCAGCCCGGAGAGUCCGCCCCCUGCUGGGGGAACAGGCCCGGCUCAGCACGCCCCCUGUUGGAGGAACCGGCCCGGCUCAGCCCGAGCCGGAGAGCCCUCCCCCUGCUGGGGGUAGCGGCCCGGCUCAGCACGCCCCCUGCUGGGGCACGCCCCCUGCUGGGGGAAGCGGCCCGGGUCAGCACGCCCCCUGCUGGGGGAAGCGGCCCGGGUCAGCACGCCCCCUGCUGGGGGAAGCGGCCCGGGUCAGCACGCCCCCUGCUGGGGGAAGCGGCCCGGGUCAGCACGCCCCCUGCUGGGGGAAGCGGCCCGGGUCAGCACGCCCCCUGCUGGGGGAAGCGGCCCGGGUCAGCACGCCCCCUGCUGGGGGUAGCGGCCCGGGUCAGCACGCCCCCUGCUGGGGGUAGCGGCCCGGGUCAGCACGCCCCCUGCUGGGGGUAG